AUGACAGCUGAAGAGGGUGCUACAUCUCUUAUGCCAUGCCUGCAUGGCUUCGAGCUAGUCUUUCAAGAGUUCACGAGAGGCCGGAUCAGAUCAUGUGCCAAAUGCUUGCAUCCUUGGGAACCAAGGAUUUUUGCGGCAGGAGGUGCGAUCUUGGCCUGUUGCCAGCUGUGGCGGCAACCAGCGCUAGAGCCCUUGUACCGGAUCGCAGCUAGCGAGGGUGGCUACUUUGAGAGCCUCCGGAAGCUGCACAUCGGCAGAUCUCCACAAGUGUGGUCGCCAGCGGGUUGUGUCGAAGCAGCAGACCAAAGAGACCCAAAAAGAAUGAGGAAGAAGGCAGAUCAGCUUUGGUUGCCCAAUGCGACCGCCCGGAAGCGCAACGCGCAGCACAACUUCGGAUUCACCUCCUCGGACAUCGAUCUAUUUAUUUGCUGUGAGAAUGAAGAUGAGGGCAUUGAUCUACUUCGCAAGACAAUCCACACAAUCUGCAGCAACAUUACUCAGAAGCGCCAGGACAGAACACACGACAGCACCGGACUCAGCACGACACCAUGCAGCUUUCCAGGUGUCAACGCAUCUGGCUACAGCAGAGAUAUUCGGCUUCUACGGUCGGCCAACGCUCUGAGCAUUUGGGGAGGGUGGCCUCAUCGAACGGUGCAGAUUAUGGUGAUUCUGUACAAGGGACCUGAUGAGGUUUUGAACUUCUUUGACUUGGAUUGUAUUAGUUUGGGCUAUGAUGGCAAGAACGUGUGGGGACUUCCGCGCACUUUACGAUCCUUGCAGACGGGCUUCAACUUUGUCGAGCCGGCGAAGCUCCGACGUUGGUCCACCGGGCCGCGGAUCAUGAAGUACAAGAAGCGGGGCUUUGGCACCGUCUUCUUUGAGAUUUGCAAGCAUUCACCUCGCUGCGAUCUUCCUGAAACCUUGGAUGAUGAGACAGCCAGACGGAUUGCUGCGCUCCAGGGCUUUACCACAGCUCAGAAUGACUUUGGCUAUGGCGAUGACAUCUACAUGGAGACGCAUGAGCAACACCGGGAAGAGAGGAGCAACUCCUGCGGCCUUUGGGAACCUGCCGACAAUGACUUGGUCGCAGGAAAAUACAUCUACAUCGCUGGGAAUGACUCCGCUUCAGAGGAGUCCAUCGAGCAAUUGUUAGCGGUGAAGCUGGAGACGCACGGCCUACCGGGAGUGAGGUGGAAGAACACCGAUCUUUGGGAGAGUCGACGUGGCAACGAGUUCCUGCCACGCUGCUACAUGUGUCGCAGCCGCAUCGACCCCUCUGGGACAUUGGCCGAACGGCCACGGCUGUGCGCAUGCUGCGAAGCCAUCAGCGUCCAGAAGCGCCAGCAGGAGGCAGACCUCUCGGGCAAGAAAGCCAUCGUCACUGGAGGGCGUGUGAACAUCGGCUAUGCCACAGCCUUGCGGCUCCUGCGGCUGGGCGCAGAGGUCGCAGUGACCACGCGCUUCCCAAGGGAUUGCUUGAGGCGAUAUGGCAAAGAAGAGGAGAAAGACGAAGCCCUCGUGUACGGGUCAGAUUUCCGCUCGGUACCAUUGGUGGCUGAACUCGGAGACAAGCUGGCCCUCGCUUUUCCGCGGCUAGACAUUCUCAUCAACAAUGCAGCACAGACAGUGCGACGUCCCGCGGCGCACUAUGCUGAGCUGGUUCGUGGCGAAGCUGAAGCACUGGAGCAACGCUUGGUGACUCGGCAUGGGUUCGAAGCGUUUGUUGGUUGUCUGUGA